AUGGAACAGAACAGGAAAAUCAGUUGUGAGGCUAACGAGACUGAAUUGGGCGUGAAAGUCCUUGCUGAAGCUUCAGAGGGAGGAGAACCAAGGGAUGCUCAAAGUUCUAACGACAACACUGAGAAAUAUCAGCUUGAAAACGAACAUCAAUUUUGUCUUGAUGCAGGGACUAAAACAGAAGGAUGUAAGGGAGAAUCGAGAGCCCCUGAGUGCGAUGGGCCUCAUUCCGAUGAAGAGGCUGCCACAACGCCUCAUUCUGAUGAUGAGGCUCACUAUGACAGGGGCUGGGCCUGGGUAGUAUGUGCUACAGCAGCCUUGAUGGAGUUCUUCGUCGGGGGAUUGAUAACAAGCUCUGGAGUGAUAUAUGCGGCUUUAAUUGAAGAAUUCGAUAAAUCAAGAGUAGAAACUGGUAAUGUACUUUGCACUAUUUGAUAACGGACAAUUACAUGCUCAUAGGAGUUUGAACUCUAGAACUGAAACACCUCACAAUUUAACGAUUACAAUUCACUUCGUUAAGCAUCUUCAGUUUUUUUGUCUUUUACGAUUCUCUCGAUGAAAAUCAGUUGACAUGCUUGAUCAUAGAUAUCUAAAGAUAUUGUAAUUUUCUGAGAAGCUUCUCGUAGAUAUUUGGAAAAAAAAUCGAUUGAAACAUCCUUCUCAUUACAAAUCUAAGAGUCUACGAAUUCAAUCAUUCUUUUUUUUUCUUAAUAGCCUGGGUGAGCGCCUUAGCUGUUUCCACUUACUACGGCUUCUUCCCGCUCGGCACCGUUCUUAGCGAGCGCUUUGGAUGCUGGGUAGUUGCCUUACUGGGUUGCCUGGCCUGCUCCAUCGGUUUGUUUAUAUCCUCCUUUGUCACCAGUCUCCCAUUGUUGUACCUCACCUACAGCUUCCUUUGGGGCCUGGGCGCCUCUUUGGUCUACUUCGCCAACCUGUUAAUACUCACUAAGUACUUCAAAGCGAGGCUUGCAUUUGCUAAUGGACUCAUAGCCCUUGAUGGUGCUAUCGGCGGAAGUGUAUUGAGUCCCAGCAUGCAACAGAUGCUUAUUUACAUUGGAUUGGCAAAUAUGUUUCGCGUGCUUGCAGGCGCGUAUCUUCUCCUCUCAGUCUUUUCACUUGUCUAUCGCUCGAAGCGUAGAGUUUUGCCUCAUCAGAAUGAUGUCAUAACUACGUUUGUUAAGAAGAGGCGUCUUUUUGACUGGGGAAUUUUAAAAAACAAAGCAUUCUUAAUGUGGAUCGUGGUUGUUUCCAUCUUCAUGCUUGGAUACAUGGUCCCCUUUGUACACUUGGUGAGAUUUUAAACCUUAUUUGUAUUUGUCUGCUGUUAUAACCAUUUGGUUUUGUUAUAAAACAUAAAUUUGUAUAAGCGGAGUCCAACUUGCCGUUCGUUCAAUUGCAAUCGCUCCUCUUUUAGAAAACCACCCUUCGUCCUUUGUAGCUUCACACCGAUUAUGAACGACUUGAAAAUUUCACAGGAGUUAUUUACUUUCAAUCUUCAUUUUCCUUUUUAUAGGUGCGCCUUGCCGAGGACAUUGGAAUCGACAAGACACGAGCCUCUCUUCUUCUAACGUUCGUGACAGUUGGAUCAGCAUUCGGUCGUGUCAUCGUCGGGCGCUUAUCGGAUAUCCAACGUUUCAAUCGCGUGUACAUCGUUCAGUUAGCGUUCCUAGUCAUAGGAUUGAGCAACUUUGUGGUACCAGUUACUGAAUCUUACCCCAUUUUAGCUAUAAAUGCGUUCAUAUUUGGAUUAUUUGCCGGAGCUUAUCUGAUCCUCAAUCCUGUGAUCGUAUGCGACAUUCUUGGUCCGGACAAAGUGUCGUACGGCUUAGGAAUGUCCUUCUUGUUGUUGUCUGUACCUCGCACGCUUGGACCACUGAUUGCCGGAAGAAUUUAUGAUGGACUGCAGAGCUAUGCAAUUGCUUUUUACAUCCUGGGAGGCACGACUUGUCUAUCAGCCUUCUUGGCAACUUUUGUUUCAAUCUUGAUUCGAAGAAAAGUUGACGAUAAAAGUGAGGGUUGUAAAAAUAAUGAGCCUUCGGUAUAA